AUGGCGGCGGCGGCGGCGGCCUCGCAGCGGGACGCCUCCGGAGACUGGCAGGACUUCUCCGGCUUCCAGCCGCCCGCCGCCGCGGAGGCCGAGGGCCGGGAGCCCUGGGCGGCGCCGGCUGGGGAGGGGGGGCCUUGGGGCCUGGCCGCCAGGCUCCCGCUUGGCUUCCCGCCGCCGCCGCCUCGGAAGGGCGAGGGCGGAGAGGCUCGCCUGCCGCCGCGGCCCCUGGGCGAGCAGAGCGCCCUGCGCCACGACGAGAUUUGGAAUGCUCUGACUGAUAAUUAUGGUAAUGUAAUGCCGGUGGAUUGGAAGUCUUCCCAUACCAGAUCCCUGCACCUGCCAACCCUGAAUCUUUCUGAAAAGGGAGUUAAUGACAAUCUGAACCUUGACUUAUCAGAUGAUGAAGAGCUGAGAGAGCAACUAGAUAUGCAUUCUAUCAUCGUUUCCUGCAUCAAUGAAGAACCACUCUUCACAGCUGAGCAGGUCAUUGAAGAAAUAGAAGAAAUGAUGCAGGAAUCUCCGGAUCCAGAUGAUGAUAAAACACCAACCCAGUCAGACCGUCUGUCCUUACUCUCCCAAGAAAUUCAGACGCUUAAGAGAUCCAGUACAAAUCACAAUUACAAAGAGGGGGUAAAAAAGCGAUCUGUGACUGAGUUGAAUGACCUAUUAGAAGAGAUUGAGACAGCCAUCAAGGACUAUUCUGAAGAACUAGUACAGCAGUUGGCACUGCGAGAUGAGCUGGAAUUUGAGAAGGAAGUGAAGAACAGCUUCAUAUCAGUCCUUAUCGAAGUACAAAACAAGCAAAGAGAACAAAAAGAGAUGGCAAAGAAGAAGAAAAAGCUGAAAAAUGGCAGUCCUCAGAAUGGCAAACAAGAGAGAGGUCAUAUGCCUGGAACAUACUUGACAACAGUUAUUCCUUAUGAGAAGAAAAGUGGACCUCCAUCCAUUGAAGAUCUCCAGACACUAACAAAAAUUCUUCAUGCCAUGAAAGAAGAUAGUGAGAAAGUGCCAAGCUUAUUAACAGACUACAUCUUGAAGGCCUUGGUUUGAAAGCUGGAUUGCUCUGAGUUCUGUGCCCUACAUGAAGAGUGCCGUUUGGGAGAAAAGACAACCAUGCUGAUUCCUGUGAAGAGGAUCGGUUAAAGCCUUUCAGUUUAAUUUGGCACCGUGAUGACUUCUAAUGUCUUUACUACUUUUAUUGCCUGCUUG